AUGUCAGCGCCAUCCCAGGCCCCAGAGGAGCGGCAUCAUGGCAGCCGUGACAGCGUGAGGGCAGCUGCCAUGCGAGAGGCGCUCUGCAGCCGUAUUCGCACCCUUGGCGCGUCCAUCCUCGCCAUCACGCAGUCCGCCAUGAAGGAGGUGGAAGAGCUGGAGAAUGAGUACGCCGAGCAGCAGCAGCGCCUCGCCAAGCGACAGUCGCAGCGUCAAUCGAGCCCGCGUCCUGGGAAAGCAACGGCGAAGCCAUCGCAACCGCAAAGUCGCGUGCGGCGCACCUGCGGCCACGAGCCCAAGAGCGGCGCUCCGACGGGUGCCGCAGAGAAAAACGAGAAGCGCUCCGAGAAGCGUGCAGAGAGCAGCACUGAGGAGGACGGCAGCGGGUACACGCGUUCGCAUCUGUGGCAGGCCGAUGCUGCUGUCAUGCAGCUCUGCGCCGCGGCGGAGGCGAAUUUCCAGCGCGUAGUCGCCAAGCGGGUCUUGCAGGGACAACGGUCUCUACGGCCCGCCUUUACUGGCGAGACCGCGGGCGGCGCUUGUGCUGUGUGGGGCGACGACGACUGUGAUGAAGGCGGUCAGCCGCGCGUGCCGCGCAACUGGCGCCGCGGUGCCCCGCUGUACGACCUUAGCAACGCCGCCAUCACCGCUCAGUACGGCCGCGGCGUGGACGGGGUCGAAGUUGCGGAAGACGUGCGCGACAACGGCGUGCAGCCGUCCAACACCUCCUCCGGCACUCUACAAAGAGCCGAUGGCGGCCUCGCAUCACCGGUGAUCACGGCCGGUGGGGCGAUACCGCUGUCAGCACGAGCACCCGCGGCCGCGUCACAGCUGUCGCAGCAGGCUGAGCAGGAGGCGCUGGCCGCACUCGACAUUGUGCCGGACCAACGCAUAGACAUCGGUGCCGCUGAGGCAUCGAAGAAGGAAGCGGUGCCUGCGGAGGCAGGCGGGCGUACUUCGCAGCAGCGUCAGGCGUGGUCGUCGCCCUGCUUGGCCCCGGAGCGCAGCUACUACCAUGUCGUCUACAUACACUGGCUAGCACCUCCGUGCAAGCUGUGCGGCAGCGGCGGCAGUGGUGACGAUGCGGACCUCGCAGCGGUGUGCGGGCACGACAAAGAAGGCGCUUGCGCGCCUCAGCGCCGGCCGACCGCACGUGUGUUGCGGCGUGCUGCCACCACCUCCAGCACAGCCGCCAACACGGCAGGCGAGGCGCCGCUCACGAUCACCUCUUACGUGCAGGCAAUGUACGCCGUGGACCGGAGCGACGCGGCGGUGCGCAAGCCGCCUGCCAGCCCAGACACGGAAGCGGCACCUCUCACGACCGCUGCUCCUGCGCUGAUGAGUGGCGAUACGGCGCUGGUGCAGCUGGAGCUCUGCGUUCCCCCACAGCGUUUGGGCCGCAACGGCAGCUCGCAGCUCGAGGGGGCGCCGCUGAUGGCGACGGGUACAAAGCCCACUGGCGUCGAGUUUUCUUCUUCCACUGCGGACCGCGUGUCCAACUCGACAGCAGGCACGGCUGUGGCCUCGGCUGCGUCUGUCGCUGCUCAGCGCGACGAGGGCGCGGAGACGCAGCGGCGCAUUGACAGAGAAGUUGCCGCUGCCAGCACUGUGGCAGAUGCGCAGAUCGUAGCGCACAUCGAAUCGAUCGAGGACUGGCGACGGGAUCGCCACGCCGACGUCGAGGAGCGCAUUCGCCGUCUUCGCCGAUCCUCUGUCGUGCCUGCCGGGUGGCAGGGCGAGUACUACUAUUACGCAAACCCUGGAGGUGCCACGACAACGGCGGAUGAGGCCGGCAUGCCGACGUCCCUCCCGGCAGGCUCGAGCGGAACAGCCGAUACGGCGGCGACAAUCGAAAGGAAGGAUGCGCACCGCGGCACCCCUCAUCAGCAGCAGACGCAAGGGCACCCGAGCCCUCGGCCUCUGUCACGGCCUUGCACCGUGGCAAGCCCCUCCUUGAUAGGCAAGACCACAACGUGCACGGUGUUGCUGAGGACACGCCCACAGCUGUUGAAGCCGCUCGACUCAUCGAGCGAGGCCAAGACCGGUGUGGUGACGGAUGCCUCGUGGAAGUCCAACAGCAGUCAGGCGCAGGCGCACCAACCACCUCAGCCGUUGCAUAAGAUCACCGCUCAGGGCGCAGCGACGUCGACUCUCUCUCCCAAAGCCGCGCUUUACCCGCCGCUGGAGGUAGUGGUGGCGAACACGUACAACUCGAUUGAGUGGGCCUUCGGCGGCGCGGCCCGACGCGCGCUCACUACGGCGCCCGACUCUGCACACGGUGAAUCGCCGCUUGCGUCGGCAUCGUUGUUGUGGGCCGCACACCAGAAGCGCGAACAGGAUAAUGAAGAGCAGCGUCGCUGGAACGCUCGCACGCGGCAGCCGCACGGCCUGGACAUUCACACUCCGAUCGAUCUUUGUAUCUCGUAG